AUGACAUCCUUUGUGAACGAUCUUGAGGCUAUUCGUUUGGCCUCUCAGAGCAGUCAGGACCCUCCAGGACCGUCUUUGAUUCCACAGGCUCCCAAGUGCACGUCAGUGGCUACACCUGUGGCUUCUUUAGAGCGGACCACUGGUCAGCCUCUCAACCAGCUUGUGCAUAUCGACGCUGAGGAAGUUCUGCCCAAGGCAGCAGGGAAGCUUUCCGCAUCUUUCUUGGAGCAUCUGGAUAAGCUGCAUUGCGAAUCUCCUGAUUUAGGUGGAGACCAAGCCGUCGUUCAUCAGCUGGCUGAUGGUCAGUUGCACAUGAGCUCUGUGGGCUUGCAGGAUUCUCCCGCCAAGUCAGGCUCCUCAGCUAGCUGGGAUUUGAUCGCUCCAGUUUCGCUUAACACUUCUUCGGUUGCAGUGCCUUUGGUGUGCACGGUUAAGCGCUAUCGGAAGACAUCUCUGCCAGUGCAAGAAACUCCAGCAGAUGUUUCGCCUGUGCUCUUGCAGGCUCGCCCCAAAUCUUCCGGGUACAGGUCGCGAUCUCGAUCAGAGGAAAGGGCGCCCUUGCCCAUGGCUGGCUUAGGUGAGGGGGCGUCGCAUGUCGACCACAGACACAGGUUGAGUAUUGGGUCUAAGAUCCCGCUAGGUCCCUUUCGACCCCUCCCCGCCCCUGCUCCUGUCCCUAGGUCCCGGGUUGCCUCGCCUUCGGUUGAGGGUAGGCCUGGUUUGUGCCCGCCUGUGCCACGAGCCAAGAAUCGUGCAGCCUUUUAUGCGAAGCACAAUCGUGUGCCGCUUGUGGGCGGGACGCAUGGGCCUUCUGUGCUUGCUGCCGUCCCAAAGAUCGUAUCUCCUGCAGGUGCCGGAUUGUCUGCCCCCGCGUCUCGAGGUACAAGGAAUUCUCUGCAGGCACCUUCUGCGAGCGGUGGCCGGGCUGCUAAGAUUGGCGGCUUCACAUUGCAACAGAACGUCCACCAGCAGCAGUUCGCCAGUGUGCUUGUGAUUUGGGAGUUGGUAAAGCCCUUGGUUUUGCCAUUUUCUCCAGUUUUACAGGACUUGCAAAGCAGCGUGCACGCUGCAGACUUGGAGCUAGGGUUGUUGCGUACUGUGGCUGAAUCCACAGCCUUGCGAUAUCUUCAGGUUGUGCACAAGUUCUUGGAUCAGUUAAGGGUGCUUUGGCAUCUGUCGUGGGACUCUGCUUCGCAAUCGGCCGUUGUAGAUUGCAUACUCUCCUUGCGAAGGGAUCAUCAGGACUGCCAUCAACUUAAUGCCGUCAAGGCACUGCGCUGGCUGGCAAAGCUGCUUCGCCUUCAGGUGGAUAAUCUUUAUGAUGGCUUGUUCAAGCCGCUGGUGAACGUGGCAAGCUCGGGCAAGUUGCGUCGUGAGUCCUAUCCUCUGCCUUGGAGGCUGGUCAGCUUCUUUGAGCAGGCGCUGAUCUUUCGGACGUUGCCAGUGCCUGCCUUGCUCCUUGCUGGGGCUGCACUUACUUGCAUUUUCGGGUCAUUGCGCUGGUCUGAUUCUCAGCACUUGCGCUGGGAUAGCAUCGUCUUCUCGGCAUCCUGUGUGCGCACUCUUAUCUUCAGGACAAAGACCUCUCGGGCAGGGAUGCCGGUAGGCUUUCGCGUUGCCGGGGUUCACGGAGCUGAAGCCUCUGUCAUGCAGUCAUGGGUGGCUCAUUAUCUUGAGCUCUUGUCUGAUGCUUGGGAUGAGAUGAGGGCUGCUUUUGGUGAUUUAGUUUGUCCUGAUUGCUUGUGGUUCUCUUGGGAUAGUAAAUCGGCCACCUUCGCACCGCUUAGUUACGCCCAGUGCCUGCGCUUCUUGCGUGAGUCCGCUGUCGCGGCUGGCCUCUCGGAAGGUGUCCUCGAGGUCGCUUCGCUGACUUUGCAUUCGCUGAAGGUCUGUUUACUGUCGGCCAUGCUGAUCCUCAAUGUCGACCGGCCGGCUCGACUCGCGCAAGGACAUCACAAAGGGUCUAGCGCCGAAUUGUACGGCCGUGACGAUAUUUGGCCCGCACUGGGCGCGCAGGAUGUGGUUUUGGCUAAGGUGCAGGCAGGAUGGCUUCCACUGACGCCGCUGGCUCGUGGCGGACAGGUUCCGAUUCAGCAGCUCCCACUGCUAGAGUUGCGGAGGGUUCAGCCGUGUGCGUCUUCAGCCUCUUGCUUCCCGUUGCUGCCGGACUUCAGUGCUGCUCACGAUCCUGAGGCAGCCGCGGUGACAAUGAUUUCAUCUCAGGAUGCAGCGGCCGACAUUUUGUCCGAGCCGACCCAGGCGCCUUCUCAGACGCGGGCUGCGGCCCAAGAUUUUGAUUCUUCCUCUUCCGACGGUGAUCCCGCAGACGUAGAGUCGUUGGGCGAUGCGGAGGAGGUCUGUUUCCUUCGUGCGAAGUCGGGCAUCAUUCACAUUGCUUCUGCUGCUCCCUCAGGCACAGGCGUGUCCUGUGGUUCGCUCUGGCUUAAGCCCGCCUGUGGCAUGCUGUCUUCGGAGCUCGAGCUGGUUGGCUCAGUGCCAACGGGGGCUCUGCAUGCAAACUUGUUGCGUCGUGAAGUUUUGUUUUGGCUGAGCGAUCUCGACCUGCGCGCGGAGGGAUUAGCUCUCUGGGGGGCGAUGGCAGCCUUCCCAGCUUUUGCGGCCGAUGCAGGCCUCGCACACAAGCAAUCAGAUGCGGGUGUACCGCUAGCCACAUUCCUCGCAUCAUUGCAGCCUGCGGGUUCCAUGUGGGUGCGGCCGGUGCCGGCUUCACUCACGGCCGGUUUGGGCGCUGAGCUCUGCCGUGCCCAGCUCACUGAAGGUCCCAGUUACGGCAUGCUUCCUAACAACGUUGUGGACUCACCGGUCUUCCGGGUACCCGAGUACGAGUUUUGCAGGUUUAUCCUUUUCGGGCACAUUGUGGCCCCGGGUGCUUUGCCGGUGGAUCCAGAUCCUUCGGUCUCGACGAUGGACUCCCUUCUUGCUUCGCAUAACAUACCCGAGGCGCUGCACUACCACUUUGCGGAUUUCACGCCAGAGAUCUUUGCUAAUGUGGCAACGGAUGCAGCGAGCCUGGAUCGCUUCCUGGCUAGUCUCGUGGAAAACGCGGGUGCUGAUCAGUUCGUUGUCGAGGCUAGGGUUCGAAUGCUCUGGAAAGCCUGCGCUUCUGUCAACAGCUCCUCUUCAAAGAAGGAAUCACCAGAGGAGCCCGCACAAGGGGUGGGAUGGGUGGGUAGCUACUCCCUGGCCAAAGGGCUUGCGGGAGUGAAGAUUCCGAGUGUGCCGGGACAAAGCUGGGAUCAGAAACUCUCUGAGGCGAGGGAAGCAGCUUUGGCAAAGUGGCUAGGGAUUCUUGAAAGGUUCCCUGACGAUUUCGGUCUUUCUCUUUCGAUUCGGCUAGAUAAGGAGAACGGGCGAGACUCUGACUUGAAGUCUUCCUUGCAAGAUGUGUUUUCUCAGAAGGCGAGCGUCACGAUCUCGGGCCGUGCUGGGCCCCUUGCCAGGUACAUCAAGCACUGCCGAAGUUGCCAGGUCAUUCCUUUCCCUGUCACUGAAGCAGGGAUCUAUGCUUUCCUACAGGAUUAUGCAUCUCACGAGGCGCCCACUUUCGCCAGGAGUUUCUUGAGCAGCCUUGCUUUUGCAAAGUUCACUGUGAGCUUGAAGGUGAGUGAUGAGGUCUUCAGCCCCAGGGUCCGUGGGCUGUCGUCGAAGCUGUAUCUUGAAAAGAGGAAGACUCGGCAAAAGCCGUCGCUCAAAGUUGAUCAUGUGCGGAAGUUGGAGGCUAUCGCUUCCGGCUCGAUCGUGCUCGAGCCUUCAGACCGGGUCGCUGCUGGCUUCUUCGUGUGGACCUUGUAUGCACGAGCGAGGUACUCGGAUGCCCAAGCUGCAGGUGCAAUGACUUGUGACUUAAGCGAUACGCCGGACGGCACAGUCGGAUACCUGGAGUCCGCUGUCGAGCGAAGCAAGACUUCGUUCUCACUGGAAAGAAAGGUCAGGUAUUUGCACAUGUUUGCUCCCAUCCAAGGUAGGGUGGCAAACAUCGCCGCUGGCGGUGGCGAGUGCCACGAAAUGGAUGAAGUGAGAGCGGCCCUAGGCUACCACGCCAGGGGCCGUGACGGGACCGAGCUCAUCUAUGGGAGAGACAACAUGUCUGCUCCUGUGCGCCAGCUGCAAGGGGUCCUGCUCGAAGUGUCGCGCGAAAGGUUCAUGCCGGACGCCACCAGGUCCGGUUACUUCGUGAAGCGCUUUGAAGAUCCAGAAGGGAUGCCCAUUCCUCCUGAUGAGGUUUUGUCGGAAUCUUCUUCCGAGGCCAGCGAGGAUGCCGAGGAUGUCGAUCAUGUAGCUGCGGAGGCGGCCACCGACGAGUUGGGAACAGAGACAGCCGUUUCAUCCAUGCUGUCGCAUCCGAAGAAGGCGACAAGUUCAGAUGUGGGCCACGAGGUGCGGAUUCGGGAGUGUUCUGAGAACUUUCAGCGAUUUGUAGGAGUUUCACUAGCUCGGUUCCUGCUCCUGACGAUGGCUAACUACUCUGAGAGUCAAUCGGUUCUGCAGUCGCGAUUGAGUGUCGUGGGUUUCGCAGAAGAUGACGUUCAGAAAAUCCUGCCAGAGGUGGGAAACUUGAGGAGGCUGGCGUUCAUUUCUUCUUUCACACCUGGCCAGACUGACGAGGGGCCGUUGAUGCAGGUGUUGAAAGACAUUUUGAAGCGAGACUUGACAAUUGCAGACAAGGCUAAUUGGCGUGCGGUCUACAAUGAAGCUUUUGCCAUAGUGACCGCGGAAAUGAAGCAGAGGAUUGAGAAGGCCGACCCAGAGUCGACCGUCCGGCCUUUGUCUCAGCCUGAGAGGUCGGAGCGGUACGAGCGGCAGGCCAAGAAGCUUGUUGGGAUUUCACUGAAAGGGCCUCUGGAGCCUGCCGAUGCACUUGUUGAUCUUGCUGUGGCUUCCUAUGAGGCAAAUGAGCUGAGGUACAUUCCGUGGGACCGGUGUGUGUCCAAGGAAGCUGAACUGGCUGGCGAGAAGAAACGCGAUGUCAGGUUCACUGUUGAGGAGUCUUCGGGAAAGCUUCGGAUCGAGCACAAACAGCCUGAUCUGGUUGCGGAUACUUCAUCGGAGAUUCUUGUUCAGCAGGCUCUCACCAGGAGAGCUUUGGCCAUGGAUCAGGCGAACCUGAUCGAGUUCAGUGUUGCUGAUAAGUGGACUCAACGCUUGAUGAAGGCCCGCAUGCAAGCGCCUGCGGAGCAUUUUGCCAGGCCCACUUGGAAGCAACUUGAGUCGGCGGAUCGGCAGCUGUUUGCCGAGCUUCGUGAUAAGACCAGGGCAGGAGUGCAGACCGUCGCAUCGGGUCGCCCGUUGGACACACUUCUGCCAGAUGCGAUGUACAUGAACGAAGUGUCAUGUUUAUUGCAACCUUUUCCGGCCCCUGCCCUAAAGGAUGUUCCCCAGAAGCCGGAUGCUCACAACAAAGGUGGAGGCAAAGGAAAGAAAGGAUGCCCUACCAAAGGGCAGAAGUGCGAGAAAGGCCUGCACAUUUGCGCAGGUGCGUCGCUGAUGGCCGGUGCUCCAGAGAGUGUGCAUCAGCCGGCAGCGGGAGCCUCACAGGUGGAUGAUCUCCUAGAGGGAGUUCAUCGGCCGAGCAAUGCAUGCGCCGGCGGCUCUCCUCCGAGUGGUGUGGAGUGUCGUCUGCAGUCAGGUGUUGAUCGAGAGGAUCAUCACACGCACAACGUUGGCUCUCACAGUGCCAUCUCCAGGCCAUCACCAGGUGUGGUGGAGGCCGCACGCAGCAGGUCCCCGAGGCCCCGUGAUGGGGCACAGUCGCAGAGAGGUUCUUCACUUGACGAGGGUCAUGUGAGUGCCACCGAUGUUCUGCGGGUUUUCGAUGGUCUUCCUUCGGAUGCCUUGAAGAGGGGUGCCGAUGCGCUCAAAGUCUUUGCAAGGUUUGUGAGACAGCGUGCACCGGGGUUUAAGUUUUCUUCGAUAAAUAUAUUUGAGGAUGUUCGCACCGAGCGCCAUCGAGAUCAGUGGAAUGCCAACUUGCAUAACUUGGCGAUUGCACUGACUGACUUCUCAGGUGGAGCUAUCUUUGUGGAGCAUGAAAACGGUCGAGAUGUAUCCGACCUUAAUGGGGCACGAGGCUCUCGCUUGCAGGUUGCUAAGGGCCCUGUCCGAUUCAAUGCCAGACACAAUUGGCACUACACCGAGGCGUGGCAGGGCCGUAGAGUCUUGCUGGUUGCAUUCACCAUCCGUCAUGUCGAAUCGCUGUGCAAAGAACAUCUUGACUUUCUCCGCGAGUGUCAUGUUGAUGUUCCGGAAUGCGCGCCCGAGGGCGCGCGGUUGGCGCCUGCUGAAGCGUGUGCUCGUCAGCCGCCAUCCUUGACCUCCCCCGCAGCUCAGGAGUCGCUUAGGCCCUUGCCCGCUUCGGUUGUCCCCGCCGUUGACCCUAAGGAACCUGUGAGCGACCCUGCUAGUCCCUUAAAGCCCGGUUCUGCUCUCUAUGUCGAGAUAAAGUGUGGGUCCGGAUUGCUGCCGGCUCGGGUGCGGCGGGACGGAUUUCAAAUCAUAGCGCUUGAACAUUCUCGCCCCGCUGGGCGAGUGCACACUCACCUUGUCCCUGUGGACAUUGAAACUGAGUCGGGUUUCUCCUUUGUGCAGACUGUCAUCAGCCACGAUGCCCCUUUUCACGUGCAUUUCUUUCCUGCGACCAAGGAUUGUUUUAAGGCUACUUUUAGCGCCGGGCAAACCAUUCGCAUCGCCAAACUCUUGCUUGCAUCUGAUUCGCAUUGGAGUGUCUUGCAUCCCCUGGCGUCAGCCCUGUGGAAACAGCUCGACUUUCCCGACAACCUCCAUUGCGUAGACUUCUGUGCAGGUUGCUACGGGGCUCCCAGUCCGGUCAAAAUGCGUCUGUGCACAACCCAGGCCGCGCUGGCUGGCAUGCCGGUGCCAGCAUGUCGUUGUCGCCCCGGGCCCCACGCUGCGGGCUCGCUUGCACCAGAUGCCUUGUACACAACCAAGUUCUGUGAUGUGUUUGCUGGCCUCCUGCAGCUGGCGGUUGGCCAGUCUGGCCUCUUACUUGAGCACGCUCUUCCUCUGCAGAGUUCGCGGCAUUCUGCCGUAGCAGCCGCUGGGCGGCAGCCUCGAUUGUCAAAAUUCCAGCCGCAGAUCGCCGAGUUUAAGUGCCAGGCCACGGUCCGUGAGUUCCCGUGGCCCCUUCCUUUGGAUAAUAAAGGCAAUCUCACAUGUGCCGUGGGGUCCAUCCCUCCUGGCUCCCGCCUUCUUCGCGUUGUGUGUGAUCGGGGGGUCGUCGGUGCGAAACAGGUCGGAAGCCUGUCAGGUGUGCCUUCAGCAGUUACCUUUGGCAUUUACCGCACGGAACAAGAGUUUGUGGCCCAGGCAUUGCAUAUCGAUCAUCCCUUCGACUUGUGCGUGGCAGUCCCAGACUUCAUGUUGAGAGCGUUGGCUUUUACCUUGAAAGAGGGCCCGGUUGGUGUGAUGAAGCACCGUCUGAAUUUGCUCCAGCAGUGGACUUCUUGGAAACGCGAUUUGGCCGGUGCCGAAGCAAACCUGCAUGCUGCCAUGGAUCCUGGUGUGGCUUCUGUUAUGAAGGGCAAGAACAUUUUGCUUUUGGAAAAAAUUGCAUCGUCUUUCGGUUGGCCUGACACUGAAGUCUUCGAACACCUUAAGCAUGGGUUUCCCUUAGUGGGGGAGUCGAGUCCUUCUGGCAUCUUCGAUGUGGAUAGAAAACCGGCUCUGAUGACAAGGGCAGAGCUUGUGCAGCAUGCUAAAUUCCUUAGGCCUGCGCUGUGGGCGAAGGUGGCGAACGCGGAGGUGGAUGAUUUAGCUCGGGAAGUGUGGGAUUCCACACAGCAAGAGAUGCUAGUCAAGGAGUGGCUAACCGGACCUUACUCGUGGGACGAGCUGCAGGCCCGUCAUCCAGAAGGCUGGCUUCCAGUGCGGAGGUUCGGCAUUGUGCAAAAAGCCAAGACGCGGUCGAUAGACGAUUUGGCCGAGAACUCUGUAAACUGCGCCUAUGCUGUUUCCGAUCGGAUUUCUUUGAGGGCCCUUGAUGAAUUGGUCUGGCUUGCGAUCACCCUCUUUAAGAUCUUCAUUGCAAAAGGCGAGGUGAGCAUCCCUUUGUCGGACGGCGACCAUCUUCGCUUUCCGGUGCAUUCUUUCUGGAGGGCCCUGAAACCCGAUGCGCUUCAGCCAAGCUUGAAAACAGUGGACUUGAAGAGUGCUUAUAAACAGUUGGCGGUUUCUCCACGAGACCGCUGUCUGAGCAUAGUGGCCAUCAAGGACCCGGUCUCGAGGCUUGCGUUUGGCUUCGAGAGCCGAACCCUUCUGUUUGGGGCCACCUCGUCGGUGGUUUCAUUCAAUCGCGUUGCAAGAUUGCUCCAGAGGGUUCUGGUUGCCUUGCAGGUGCUCGCCUGCAACUACUUCGACGAUUACCCGGUUUUAGAGGUCUUGCCGCUUUGUAACAACACGCAGUCGACUGUCAGAGCCGCGUUGGACCUGCUGGGUUUCGCCUGGGCGGAAGACAAGGAUCUUCCCUUCAGCCAUGCGGUGGACUCCGUCUUGAGUGCGGGCCAUCUUGAUCCGAAGACCCUGCCGUCUUUGUUCGGUCGCCUCCAGUUUGCCGAGGGAGUCUUGUACCAUUUCGACAACGGCGCGUGGUGCACUUUCUUCUUUGCAUGUGCUAUCCCUUUGAGCGUUGUACAGAGCUGGGAGGCUCUCGGGAAAAGGCAUUUGAUAGGCCCAGUUGAGAUGUAUGCAGUGGUAUGUGCGAGAGAAGCGUGGGCAAAGCACUUGGACAUGCAAAGGGUGACCAUGUAUGUGGAUCACUCCGGAGUGUUGGCCUCUUUGGUGAAAGGCUCUUCGAAAGACCCUUUGUGGAGGCAACUCUUGCUGAUCUUUGAGAGCUGCGACGCUGAGGCGUUGAUGGCACUCGUGUACAGGGGUGUUUCGGAUAAGUCUCUGAAGUGGCCACAGUGGAAGCACCGCUUGUCCGUGGCGCAAGAGCAGGCCCAUCAGCUGUCCAGACCGUCGAAAAUGCCUCGCUUGGAAAGCCUUCUUUUCGACGAUGUACCGACUAAGGAGGUGCCACAUGUCCUCCAGUACGGCUAUGUUUCAGGCAUUUUGAACAUGCACGCCACGGCACUGGCCUUGUGCAAGGCUGCUCACCUGUCGGUCUUAAAACGUUAUGUGCAGUCGUUCUUGCGGCUGUGCUUCCCGCAACUUGAAUCCGGUUUUCGAGGUCCCACGGUGAGCGAAGCCAUUACUGCAGAUGAAAAAGCAUGGCAGGCCAUCAAGCAUCACUUCACGCGUGCGUGUCGAUGUUUUAUAGUCCGUACCCUCAAGUCCGUAGCCAUUUUGGCUCAAGGCUGUCUCGAGAUCGAGCCAGAAUUUUUGAUGGGUUCGUCCCAUCGUUCCGAGCCAAGUUCUGAGAGCACACAGGAGAUUUUGAGUCAGCAUAUCUACGAGCUCCAGCUGGAGGUUAACGAACUCAGGCCUCAGGUGCAAGCUCUCAGGUCCCAGGUGCAAGCACUGGAAGAGAGCCUCUCUCGCGUCUGGGUGAACCAGACGGGUCGUUUCUCGAGCCGCCUUUGCAGUCUGCUUGAGGGAGCCGUAGUGAAAUGGGGGACGAAGCAGGCUCCCUUGCUUCCAGUUUUGGCCUUCACCUCAGAUCCUGCCUGCGGGUCGGAAGGGCUUGAGCAAGUGUGUGCUAAGAUGGCCAAGUUCAAACAUACUUCUUGGGAGGUUAUGAUCAAUGAGGAGAGAAAUCUUGCCGUGAAUAAGUGGCUCAGCCUUGUCAUGGUCGAGCCCUUGACCUUCGGUGUAGCUAGGAACUUCUACGCCGGCAAAGCGUCAGGGAUCUCUUCAGGAUCGCUUGCAGACAGCAUUUCGGAUUGCCUUGCUGCCAAGGCUACUUCGACGAUCAAUGCCAGGGCGAAUUGCUUGUUGCGGUUUGUUUCUUGGGCAAAGGGGAACAUGCCGUUUGUUUUUCCCUUGACCGAGCAUGCUGUCUACGCAUACUUCGAGGAGAAGAAAUCCACAGCAGCGGCAACUUCGUUCAGGAGCCUUCUUUCUUCGGUUGCUUUCGCUCAGCAUGUGGUAGGCCUGGAAGGGUGUGACAAGGUUUACACUUCGGGUCGUGUCCGCGGCCUUGCGUCGAAGCUUUACAUGCAGAAGAGGAAGCUCAAGCAACGGAAUCCUCUGAGGGUCUCCGAUGUCAUUCUUCUUGAAAGGAUUUGUUGUAAGCUUGAAGACAGGUCUUUGCAGGACCGUGUCGCUGCAGGCUUCUUUCUUUUCUUGAUUUAUGCAAGAGCCCGAUACAGUGACGGGCAAAAUGUCGCAUCGCUGACUGAUUCGCCGCUCUACUUGGAGUGCAGUGUGGGCAGGUCCAAGACUAGUUUCACUUUGGAACGCAAGACCAGGUACUUGCCAAUGGCUGCCAGGAAAGUGGGAAUCAAGUGUGCAUGGGCCGAUGCGUGGCUUGAGGCUUUGUCAGAGGCGGGUCUUGCGAUCAAGCCGAACGACCCGUUGCUUCCCUGCCCUUCUUCGAAUGGUUCGUGGAAGAUGAUCCCGCUUCCGUGCGAUCAGGCUUGCUCGUGGCUCAGGAGCCUGCUGGGGAACGCUCAGAGCGAUCCCUACCUUGCAAAUGUGGGGACACAUAGCCUUAAGAGGACUCUGCUGAGCUGGGCAAGCAAGCGUGGUCUGCCCCGAGAACUGAGGGCCCUCCUGGGGUAUCAUACGUCCCGAGCCUCGGGUGCGGGGUCAGAGCUGAUCUAUGAGUCCGACGCCCAGUCGGCUCCGCUCAGGGCUUUGUCAUCUAUGAUCGACGAGGUGUCAUCGGGGGCCUUCAAGCCCGACAAACCAAGGGGGCAGCAGCUUGCUUCCGAGCUGUCGGCGCAUGCCGAUCCCCCCGGCGACGAGAUCGAGUCGUCAGACUCGGAGGGCUCCGAGGACGAGGAGGAGAUCGACCACUCGGGCGAUGAAGCUUGUGUUGCCGAGGCUUUGGACUGGCAUGGGAAGGUCGACCUUGACAAGAUUGAUCCCUCGUGUGUUUUCUUUCGGCAUCGCCAAUCCAGGGUAGUGCACAUCACUGCCGACGAAGCCGGUGCCAACCUAGGCUGCGGUAGGACCAUUUCGGGUCAGUACAGGAAGCUGGAGGUCGGUUUGGCAUCUGCGGAUGUCGAAAAACUCGAGAAGGUGGGUGUGGAUUCACUCGCAAAGGUCGCUUUCAUGACGAGCUACACGCCGGGCUCUGGCGAUGACAAGGACCUCAUUGCGGCGUUCGAGUCGGCCCUAGGGACGCCGCCCUCUGUAGGGCAGAAAAGCUCCUUCCGAAGGUUAUUUCAUGAAGCAUAUGCUGUUACCACUUCGGAAAUGAAGAUGCUUGUGGAGCGGACGGAUGAAUCCAUCCCAAGAAAAUUGAGGGUCGCGGAGAGAUCUGAGAGGUUCGAGGUAGUGAGCAAACGCCUUGUGGGCCUUUCGAUCAAGAACCGUCUUGAGCCUGCCGAUAGCCUCGUCGACUCCUUCGUGUCCCAGUAUGAACAGGACAAGCUGCAGUUUGUCCCGUGGGAGAAGCUUGUUUCCAAAGAACAAGAGGCCUCGACAGGGGCAAAGCGAGAGCCUUUCUUCUCGCUGGACAGUACGGGCAAGCUCAGGUCGGAGACAAAAGUUGAGGUCCGUGCCGAUACGAGCACGGAGCUGCUCCUGCAGCUCGCGCUUCAAAGGCGCGGCAUCGCUAUGGAAAUGGCGAACAUCCUUGACUACCAUCGUCACCACAUGUGGGUUGAGCGCCUUCUUGCGGCGCGCCUCGACGCACCUCCGUCGACGCACAUGCAGCCCACGCUUGAUCAGUGUCAGCAGGCUGACAGGAAGCUUUGGCAGCUUCUCGGAGAAGCGACUCGCUCGGGCAUCCAGCUCAAAGCUGGGGGGCGUCCAUUGGACGCCAUCUUCGAAGACACAUGGCAGUCACCAGAGGUGCUUCAUUUGCUUCAGCCGAUGCCUCGGGCAGCAGGCGCUUCAGUCACGCAGCAGGUGGCACCGCCGCCGAGGCCGCACGGGCCUGGCCCGUAUGAUCGUCCAGGCAAAGGCCGAAAGGGCACAGGGAAGGGUGCCAAGGGCACCAAAGGAUCCGGGAAGGUUCCCGACUUCGUAUUGCGCCUGAACUCAGUUUUCAAGGAGCUUCUGCCUCAAGCUUCCUGGAAUGCAAUCUGCGUGGGCAGGAAUACUUUGUCAGAUUUCCACAGGGACUCAGGGAACCAAACGGGUUCGCUGAACCACACUUUCACGCUUGGCACCUUCACUGGCGGCCAGCUUUGGCUCGAAGAUGCGUCGGGCACUUCUCCAGCCACUGUCGCAGGUGAGAGGUGGGUCGUAACACUCUACACUCUUUCAGGUGGGCAACCCGCCACACAUGAGAAACCGCUGUUUCUGGAAAUCUGUAGUGGGUCUGCUAUGCUGUCUUAUGUUGCCAAAGAGGCCGGAUACACAGCCGUGCCCAUCGACUGGCAUCACAACAAACAGCGGACGUGUGUGCACACCUUACAGCUCGACUUGCGCCUGGCCAGCACUUGGUCUUUCUUGCGACGCAUUUGCUCCGAGUACGAUGUUGCUUGGGUGCACAUGGCGAGAGUGGACAGUGCAAACACCAUUUAUGACAGCAUGGCCGCCUUCUGUGACUGGUGGGCCGAGCUGCUCGCCAAGCACUCCUUCGUCACAUUCGACUCGUGCCGCCACGGGUCACAACGCAAGAAGGCCACCGCCCUCCUCACAAACUCGGAGCUACUGCACUGCCUUUCGGGACCAUGCCCGGGAUGCUCCUCGCACUUGCCGUGGGGUAAGCUGGGCAAUACUUUUGCAACAGCUGAGGAGACGGGCUAUCCCAAACUUCUUUGCGAAAGGAUUGUCUCAUGCGUGGAUAAGUCAGCUGCAUCACGAGGGAUUGCGCCUGAACGCCUAGUGGCCUCCAGGGUUUCUGCUGCGCGUGCCGCAGGUCAGGUGCAACCUCGUGGCCGCAAGUUUCCGCCAAUCAUUUCUGAAUUUGCUUACACUAUGUCAGUCGCCAGUGCUGAGGCUCCCACUCUCAACUCCAAGCACUGCCUUUCGGCUUCUUGGCACGUCGUCCCUGCAGGCGCCAAGCUCCUCCGGGAGUCAGUUGAAAGGGGAGGUUCGCGACUCCCAGAGGGGAACAAGUUCUACACUUUUGGCGUCUAUCGAUCCAUGCAAGCUUUCUUGAACGAGGCAAAGUUGGUUGUGCACCCCUUCGAUUCUGCCAAAUCACUUCCAGAUGAACUUUUGCGAGUCUUGUUUGACACUCUUACGAAGAGCCCGGUUGACACCAUGAAGCACCGCCUUUUGAAGCUACAACAGUGGCGAGCCCUCGCCAAGCAGCUUGAUCCCGAAGAAGAGAAAAUCAGAUCGGCGAUGGACCCUUGUGUGCGGAAGGUCCUUAGUUGUAAGCGCAUCGCACUCAUGAAGAGGAUCGCCGCCGACUUGUCGUGGCCUGACACGGCCCUCUUCGAUGACCUGGCUGCCGGCUUUAAGCUAACGGGGUACUUGGGGCGUACGGGUGUAUUCGCUAGUGAUGUCAAACCUGCCACGAUGGACCUUGACGAUUUCUGGGCAAGUGCUCCCCUCCGGAGGGAAACCCUGCUUGAAAAAGUCAGAGCCCAGAAGGACCAUGACUAUGCCGAAGAGCUCUGGAACAUGACGCUUGAGGAGUCUAACAGAUCGGGGAAGUGCUGGCUUGACGGCCCGAUCGACGUUGACUCUUUGGGGGACAAGUUCCCUGAAGGCUGGAACGCCUGCCGGCGUUUUGCAGUCUGGCAGGGCAAGUGGCGUGCGAUCGAUGACUUCUCGGAAGCCGCUGUGAACUCUUGUUUCGGAUGCUUUGAACGUGUUACCCUCAAGGCCCUCGAUGAGAUUUGCUGGCUGUGCAUGCAAGUUUGCCGUGCGGCAAAAUCUUCAGGAUCCCUCGAUCUUGAGCUCAGCACCGGUGAGAGACUCAAGGGACCCCUCCAUACGGCUUGGAAGGACCCUGACCGUGUCCGUCCUCACUGCAAAACUUACGAUCUUCAAGCUGCCUACAAGCAGCUCGCACUGCACCCUGGCGAGAGGCCGAAAUCCGUUAUCCUGCUCAGGGAGCCGGGCUCCCGCGCCGUCAAGGCCUUUGUGUGCAACACUCUUCCUUUCGGAGCUUCAGCCUCGGUCAUGCAGUUUAACAGGGUUGCAUUAUUCCUGCAGAGGGUUCUUUGGGAUUUGAGGGUGGCCGUAACUUGCUACUAUGACGAUUUCCCGACGAUGACCCCUUCGUUCUUGUCUGGCGGGACUGACAAUGCAGUUCAUGCCCUCAUGGACCUGUUUGGCUUCUCCUUGUCCGAGAAAGAAAAGCCGUUCUCGUGCACUGCAGAAACGCUGGGUGUCGUGCUGGAUACCUCCGAUCCUGACAUGGGCCGCAUCUUCGUAUCGAACAAGCCCGAACGAGCUGCCAUGCUUGAACAGUCCUUGGGCCGCAUCCUUGAAAAGGGCCAGGUAGACACGCGGGAGCUGCCAUCCCUUCUUGGAAAGCUUCGCUUCGCAGAUGCUCAGCUGCUUGGUCGCACAGGGCGAUUGGCCCUGGCCGACCUCAGGCUCUUCGGUGACAGAGGGGGUGUCUUGAACCUUACGGAUACUCAAUCGAAUGCCUUGGCUGUUCUGAGGGCAAGACUUCUUGCGAGCAGGCCGCGUGCCAUUGUGACGAGCCCUGCCUCGAACCCAGUCCUCAUCUUCACAGAUGGCGCAUGCGACCCUUGCGAGGGCGGCUUCAGUACUGGUGUCGGUGGGGUUCUCUUUGUCCCCGGCGAGGGUGUUGCUAGGGCUUUCGGUUGUAGGGUUCCUAGCAAGCUCGUCAAGCAAUGGGCCGAGGGUAGGAAACACAUUAUAGGGCAGGUCGAGCUUUACGCGGUCGUGCUUGCCAGGAUCCUGUGGUCGAGUUACAUUGAUGGCGAACGAUGCAUAUUUUUCGUCGACCAUUCCGGCGUCUUGAGUGCUUGCAUCAACUCGAACUCGAUCGAUGCAUCUUGGAGGAGUCUCCUUCUUCACUUGGAGGCCGCCGAUGAAGCACGCCCGUGCCUGCCGUGGUUUCAUCGUGUACCGAGCCAGAGCAACAUCGCGGAUCCGCCAUCCCGAGGCAGAUGGGAGGAGCUGGCAUUCCUUGGUCCUGUCACUCGUGACGUGCCGACUUGCUUUGUCACAGGCUGUCUCGAGAUCGAGCCAGAAUUUUUGAUCCCACCCAACCCGCCCUGGGGGAAGAAUGUGGUCACGUUGCACUCCAUCGUGCGACUGGACUCUGGGGGGCACUCGUGCAAGCAGGGAGGCCGAUCCAAAGGCAAAGGUUUUAUGGGCAAGGCUUUUGGAAAGGGCAAGCAGUCGACGGCUUCGCGUGCCGAUACAGUCAAGGUCUCAGGUCAGGUGCUCACCAUCUGCCGUGAUUUUAACACCAAGGUCGGAUGGCAUGGCGUGUGGGGGCAAGCAUUCGGCUGUGCCCAGUCAGCGUCUACCGCAGACAAUGUGGCCUUGGCCGCGGACAGUCCCGACGCUCCUCUUCUGGACGGGCAGAGCGUCCGCUCAUCAGUGGUCGGUGAGCGGGUCAGCUGCAUUUUUCUGGGCGAUUUCGCGGAGCCUCCUGCACCCUUGGUUCCCCUCCCAAGCCCACCGCCUCAGCUUGCUGCCGGUGUCAGUUCGGCGAUACAGCAGGCUCCGCAAGAUGCUUUGCCCUCGGCCACUCAGGCCUUUGCUCGGCAGCGGGCUCGUUUUGCUGCGCUGAUUCGGUCGGAUGAUUCUGUGCGCUUUGAGGCUUUACGUAAGAUUAAGACCCUGACUUUACUUGAUCCUGCUGCAUCGGAGCUGGGGCGGCUUCUCAUCGGCGAGGCCGCUAUCUUGUCUGACCCUGAGAGACUUCAGAAGUCCUUUGCUGACACGUUCGCUACAAAGAGCACUGCAACAUUGGCCAAACGAGCUUCCUCUUUCUGGAAGUUUGCCGAGUUUUGCUUGAUGUUCGAUUUUGGCUCGCCCUUUCGAGCGAGCGAGGCGGCUGUCUAUGCAUAUAUCCAGGACUUGCAGGCCCACGGAGCUCCUACAUCGGCCAAGGCCUUUCUUGAAAGCUGGAAUUUUCUGUCAGCGCUGCUGGGUUUCGCAAAACUUGCAGGCCAAUCUCCUUUGUCAGGCCGUGUGCGAGGAGCUGCUGCAGCGUUGGCGGCCACUAAGAAGCCGCUGGUCCAGGCCUCACCAUUGUCAGUUCCAAUGAUUCGGGCUCUGGAAAGGAUCGUGGUGAAGCCUCCGUAUCCUCAUUGGCGUGUGAUUGCUGGGCACAUUCUUUUCUGUGUGGGAAGCUGUUCUCGCUUUUCGGAUACAAUCCACCUCAAAUCUUUGGAGCUUCAGAGUGCGGGAACCGUGCAUCUUUUGGAAGCAUCGUCUGCAUCUUACAAGACUGGUACUGGCGAACGGAAGACCAUACUUCUGCCGCUGCUCUGCCUGGGAUCUUUCGUGUACCCCACGAUUUGGGCGCCGCUGUGGAUGGAAGCCCGAACCGAUGCUGGCCUCGGCCUCAAUCCGUCACUGCCUGCAUUCAGCGAAGCCUCGCAGUCUUGGUUGGAGCGUCGCAUGUCUACUGGUGAGCUUACCAUGUACCUGCGUGAGUUCCUCGUAGCCAGUCACAUUGACAUUCCUUCGGAGUCCCGCAUCAGCAGUCACAGUAUGAAGGCCACUUUUCUUAGCUGGCUAGCCAAAUUCGGAGGCGUUUCUUUUGAGGACCGCCGCAUUGCAGGGCACCACUUGGACCCUGAUUCCCGGUCCCCUCUGACCUACAGCCGUGACGAGCUGUGCCGCUUGAUGAAGAUUUUCGAGGAUAUCUUGAAAGCCAUCCGUUCCUGCCACUUUAAGCCUGAUGACAGUCGCGUGAUGCGUUUAGCUGUCAUGGUUCAGGCUGAGUCAGGUCCUCAGCUGCAGGAGAAACUCCUCGAGCAGGACCCAUAUGUCUCCGAUUCCGAAGCUGGUGAUUCCGACAUCAGCCCAGAGGAUCUGGAGGCCCGAGCCGGUGGAGUCCCCCUGGACGAAGGCUUGAACGCUGCUCAGAUCUCUUCUGUAUACAGCAAGAUGCACAUUUACAGUCGUACAGUGCAUAUACAGGCUGCUGAAGGUGCCAAAUUUUUGUGUGGCCGACCCAUCACCCGCAAUUUUGACGAGCUGGACAAGGCCGUACCGGCCUCUGAUCUGCUUGUUUGUAAGCGGUGCAGCCAAAUCCACCGAGCCAGUUAA